AUGCGUUUCGCGAGGAUGAUUUCGAAAUACAAGCAGAAGAAGUUUCUGCAAGAAGCACAAAGAAGGACAAGCCUAAAGUGGUGCCGCUGGGACCGCAAUCAUAAUAUUCUGCGAGCUGGCUUGCUGAGCGAAGACGGGACUUGCAUCUCUUCUCGUCGUGAGAUCGAAGUCAUUACAAAGAGGUUCUACUCGAACCUUUUCGGUUCAUCAACUCCUGUGUCAAGCCCGAUCAACCCCACUGGUGAAACCCCAAUACGGAUUCUUCCUUCAGAAGUACGAAUCGUUAUCAAGAGCAUGAAAUAUGACGGAGCUCCCGGACAUGAUUUCACGUCAACAGACUUUCUUUGGGCUGGUGGCCAUCCGCUUCUUGUAAUUCUAGCGGUGCAUAUGACGUACUAUCUUUAG